GUUGGACCGGAACUAGGACUAACUUUUGAGAAAAGUUUACUUUAAAUUUUCCCCUUCAGUUGGCGAUGGAUGGCAGAAAGUGUUUCAAGUGUGGCAAAACGGGUCACUUAAAGAGAGAUUGUCCAGAAAAGGCAAACCAUAAUUUACAGAAUGUAAAAUGUUUUGCUUGUGGAAGGCAUGGUCAUUUUCAGAAGGAUUGUACCAACUUGGCAGACGGGAACACAGCUGACACAGCGUCUACAAGGCACUCAAAAAAUUCUACAAGAAGCCGGAAAAUGGAGGUGCAAUUUCCAGUCAGCAAGUCAAUGUUCAUUGAUACUCAUUGUCAUUUAGAGUAUGUUUAUGAAAGACUCAGACACACUGGAAGUUUGAAAGAGUUCCAGGCAAGGUAUCCGUUCCCACCAAAUUUUGAGGGUUGCAUUACAACAUUUUGUGAUCCUGCAGCUUUUUCGUCGUUUGGCACUUGGUAUGAUGUACUUUCGGAAGAGAGUGUUUGGGGAACAUUUGGCUGUCACCCUCACAAUGCCAAAUAUUACAACGAUGAGUUGGAAGCUAAAAUAAUUCAGUGUUUGGAUCAUCCCAAAGCCAUUGCCCUAGGUGAGGUCGGGCUUGAUUACUCUUCACAUUGUACAUCUCCCCCUGAAGUUCAAAAAGAAGUGUUUACUAGACAAGCCAACUGGGCUGUAACACUAGAAAAACCAUUGGUUGUUCAUUGUCGUGAUGCGGAAACAGACACGCUUGAAAUUCUUAAGUCCUGUCUACCACAAGACUGGAGAAUCCACUUGCACUGUUAUACUGGAUCAAGUGCAUUUGCAACCAGAUUUUUUCGAGAAUUUCCAAACCUUUUCAUAGGAAUGACAGCAGUGGUUACUUUUGCUAAAGCUACAAAUAUUCAUGAACUUGCAUUUGAUGUGCCUUUAGAAAAGCUUCUACUGGAAACCGAUGCACCAUAUUUUGUUCCAUCGCAAGUGGCUGAUAAGCAUAACAAGUUCAGCAACCCUGGAAUGGCAAUAUUUACUGCUCAGAGAAUUGCAGAAAUAAAGGGUGUUGCAUUAGAAGAGGUCCUUGAAACAGUUAGAAAAAACACUGCACGUGUUUAUGGUAUUUAAUCUCAGAAUAGGAAUGGUUUUUUUAUUUAGAUAGGUAUCCAUUUAUGUUUUCACCAUAACACCAACUCUUGGAGUGGGAGAGGGGCUGAUGAUAAGUUGAGGAGGUUAAACUGUUCCUUAACUCAAACUCUUUAUAUAGCAUUUUUAUUAGCUCUUCUUUUUUGAAGAUUGGAAAAAGGAUGUGCUUUGUACAAAAUCAAACUCACACAAAUUUUUUAUGAUUGCAUUUUAUUACAUGCAAAUUAUAUAGCUUACAUGACCCAUGUUGUACAUGAACUUCGUAAUGAGCCUUGCUCACCAUAGAGUCUUUGUGGCUGUGUGGUGGAGCAUCAUAGUGCAGCAGAAUUCAUAGGUCUGAGGUUCGAUUCCCCAUGGAGACUCAGAAUUUUUUCUUUGUCCUUGCUUGUGAAAAGACAAAAAACAUCUUUCUCCAGCUUGCAUAAUAUUAUUAAAAUCUAUGUGAUAAAUGUUAUUUUGGUAAGAAAUGUUUGACUGUGAUCUUUGAAGGUAAAGAACCAAAAUUUACCAGAAAGGUUUUGAUUUUCUUUAGGAAGAUUUCUCCCUCUGAGAUACCAGGCCAUGUUUUAAAACAGGAAGAAAUGACAAUGCCAGUAGAAAGCACAAUCCAAAGAAAUACUGGUAACCAAUAAUAUCUACUAGUAUCCCAGAUAAGGAAAUCAUCAGCAAUUUACCCAACACUUCUGAUGUGGCAAGAACAGCACAGUGUGUUGCUUUAGCACCAGGUAAAGAAUUUUGUGAACUUAACAUCAUGAGUGUGAAUGUUGCAGUUGUGAUUAUUCCCCCACUUAGUUGUAUGAAACAUUCAAUGAUUGCAAUUGCAGAUUUUGUGAAUUGUGUUAAGGACAGCAACCAAAGUGAGAGAAGUGGUACUAGUCUUGCAUACGAAGUCCAUAGGAGUACUUUAAUCACCCAUGACCUUAAAUUCAAAAUUAAAAACAGAGCUUUUUCAAUAUUGAGUGCAGUUAGUGCUGUGUCAAAAACAAAAUCAUGUAACAACUAUUUAUUAAGUAGUGUCCACAUGCAAACAACAUUCAAAAAAUACAAUUGUUAAAAAAGGGCACAGGUUUUAAACAGGCAAAAUUUACCCAAAAAGUUUCUGAAGUCUUGUAGCAUGCCAUAGAGGAACAAUGGAGGGAAAUGUAUACUUCCCUUACCUAUCAAUAAUUCUAAGUAUAUUACGGUUGUGCUAUUUACUCUUUGUUUACUGUUACUCAGUGGUACCACACAUGUUUUGAUUUAUGUUUGUGUUAUUUUGUCACCCUUCUGUGGUCAAUAUCUUACACAUUUAAUGCCCUUUUUCUUGUUGUCACUGUAAUUUUAUUCAAAUUAGAAAGUACAUUACAGAUGUUAGUGAUAUGUUGACCAUUCACAUUACCUGUGUCCAUACUGCAGACUAACAAUCCAGCCUCCUAUGGUUGAACCACUGAUUGAGAACAGUUGACCAAAUAUUCCAAAUAUUACCCCCACUUGUUCUUGGGGAAUUCUUUGAUCAAUCAGAUACAAAGGCAGCAUGCUAACAACACCUUGUUCGCCUAAUUUGUAUGUUGCAACAUAGAACAUCAGCCAUGAGAAGUCAACAGUCCUAAUAGUAGUUCUAAUGAUCUUUAAAGGACUAAGCUUGCCACUUGUAUUAUCAUUGGAGACUGACAUAGAUGAACGUAACUGAUUUCCUUUAAUUUCCUGGUUUUUCAAUGAUACUCCCUUUGCUAUUUCAUAUGUUGAACGUGUUUCACUGUUAAUGUUUAUUACUGAGAUGAUUAACAUGACUAUGUAAAAAGAGCCCCAGAGGGUGAACAACCAUUUCCAGCUGUAGUAUACACUGAGCCAAGAAAGAAUACCUCCUCCAAAUAAUGCACCCAGUUUGUAACCAACCACUUGUAGUGUGCUCGCCUUUCCUGAAAAUGGAAUAAAAUGUUACCCUUUGGACUAGCAGUAUUCCAUUGAUUGAGGUGUCUUGUCAAGUCACAGGUCAUUUGUGAUCACUCAAUCAACAAUUUGACCAAAUCAAAGGAUUUUCCUCUAAUGUUACAUCCCUAGUUUGUGAAAGAGAAUUUCCUAGGCUGUUAUGCAUGCAGAGUACAGGCCACCUUCCACAAAUAAAACCUACACAAGACACUAUGAAUGUUGAGAGAUUAUCUUGGACAGCGCUAAAAAAGAUGUAUUUUUAAGCUAUGGUCUUGGGCAGAAAACAAUAACCCUCUUUCCUUGAUCUUAUGG